CAGAGGACUGGAGCUAAGGCCCGUACAACAUGGAGCUCCCUGCACCAGAAUCCCCCCAGUCCUCUCCAACGCCCCCUCCAAAGUCCUCUCCAAAGUCUUCUCCAAAGUCCCCUUCAAAGUCCUCUCCAAAGUCUUCUCCAAAGUCCCCUUCAAAGUCCUCUCCAAAGUCCUCUCUAAAGCUCAGGACAGAGACACCACUGGAGGAACCUUCCAUUGAUUUGAGCGUCUCUUCAGUGACAGAGGAACCAGGAGACCUGCAGCCGCCCGAGGACCUCACUGUGUCUCUGUUGGCUGUGGCGUUCCUCACGUCCUUCGGGAGCUCCAUGCUUUAUGGAUACAACUUGGCAGUGGUCAAUUCUCCGGCUGUGUACAUAAAGGACUUCUACAACAGGACGGCGGUGGCUCGUAAUGGCACUAGUCUGAACAAAGAGGCCCUGACCCUCAUGUACUCUCUGACUGUGUCAGUGUUUGCCAUCGGGGGGCUGCUGGGCUCCCUCAUCGUGGGGAUGCUGGUCACACGUUUUGGAAGGAAGGGCACCAUCGUGAAGACCACCGUGCUCGUGUUCAUCGCCGGCACGCUCAUGGGCUUCAGUCGCACAUGUGGCUCUCCAGAGAUGAUCAUCAUCGGCCGACUGAUCACAGGGAUCCACUCAGGGAUCUCUCUAAGUGUGGUCCCCAUGUACCUGGGGGAGAUUGCUCCUAAAAACCUGCGUGGCUUCCUGGGUCUGGUGCCCAGUAUCUUCAUCGGGACCGGAGUCUUCACGGCUCAGAUCCUGGGACUUCAUGAACUCCUCGGGAAGGAAGAGCACUGGCCUCUGUUCUUGUCUGUGGUGGUGGUCCCUACAUUUAUUCAGCUGCUUCUGUUGCCAUGGUUUCCAGAAAGUCCCCGUUAUCUUCUGAUUGAGAAGCACAACGUCCAUGCGACCAUCACAGCUUUAAAAUGGUACCGGUCCAAGUGUAACAUCCAGGCUGAGAUCGAGGAGAUGCAGGAGGAGCAGCGUUCUCUGUCGUCGGUGGAGACCCUGUCUGUGUGGGCGCUCCUGCGGGACCCCAGCGUGCGCUGGCAGGUGCUCAGCGUGGUGGUCAUCAACAUCGGCAUGCAGCUGUCCGGCAUCGAUGCGAUCUGGUUCUACACAAAUGACAUUUUUGAAAAGGCUGGUAUCCCUCCUCCAGAGAUACAGUACACCACCGCGGGCACCGGGGUCAUCGAAAUCAUCACCGGCCUCAUCGGGUGCUUCACCAUCGAGAAACUGGGCAGGAGGCCGCUGAUGAUCGGUGGAUUCUCCAUGAUGGGCUUUUGCAGCGCGGGCAUCACACUCGCACUCAUUUUACAAACAAACCUGUCGUUCAUGAGGUACGUGAGCGUGUGCUGCGUGGUCGGGAUCAUCGCCGGUUUCUGCAUCGGACCAGCGGGCGUCCCCUUCCUCAUCACGGCGGAGCUCUUCAAACAGUCACACAGACCUGCAGCUUACAUCAUCGGAGGAUCACUCAACUGGCUCUCCAACUUCACUGUGGGAUUUGUGUUCCCCUUUAUGCAGAUGUCCGCAGGAGCGUACUGUUACCUGGUGUUUGCGGCGGUGUGUGUGGCCGUGGCCGUGUACGUUUACGUCGUGAUCCCAGAGACAAAGAACAAAACGUUCCUGGAGAUCAGCCGCAUGUUCUCCAAGAAAGAGGCUCUGCUGGAGACUCAGAGUCUGGAUCAUCUGGACCAGCUCAAACUGAAGAAGAUGAACGGAUACGGAGGAGUGGAGCACACCUCUGUGGAGCUGGACAGCUCCUCCUCUGCUCCCUGACUCCUCCUCUGCUCCCUGACUCCUCCUCCUCUGCUCCCUGACUCCUCCUCCUCUGCUCCCUGACUCCUCCUCCUCUGCUCCCUGACUCCUCUGCUCCCUGACUCCUCUGCUCCCUGACAGCUCCUCCUCUGCUCCCUGACUCCUCCUCUGCUCCCUGACUCCUCCUCCUCUGCUCCCUGACUCCUCCUCCUCUGCUCCCUGACUCCUCCUCCUCUGCUCCCUGACUCCUCCUCCUCUGCUCCCUGACUCCUCCUCCUCUGCUCCCUGACUCCUCCUCCUCUGCUCCCUGACUCCUCUGCUCCCUGACUCCUCUGCUCCCUGACAGCUCCUCCUCUGCUCCCUGACUCCUCCUCUGCUCCCUGACUCCUCCUCCUCUGCUCCCUGACUCCUCCUCCUCUGCUCCCUGACUCCUCUGCUCCCUGACUCCUCUGCUCCCUGACAGCUCCUCCUCUGCUCCCUGACUCCUCCUCUGCUCCCUGACUCCUCCUCCUCUGCUCCCUGACUCCUCCUCCUCUGCUCCCUGACUCCUCCUCCUCUGCUCCCUGACUCCUCUGCUCCCUGACUCCUCCUCCUCUGCUCCCUGACUCCUCCUCCUCUGCUCCCUGACUCCUCCUCUGCUCCCUGACUCCUCCUCCUCUGCUCCCUGACUCCUCCUCCUCUGCUCCCUGACUCCUCCUCCUCUGCUCCCUGACUCCUCUGCUCCCUGACUCCUCCUCCUCUGCUCCCUGACUCCUCCUCCUCUGCUCCCUGACUCCUCCUCUGCUCCCUGACUCCUCCUCUGCUCCCUGACUCCUCCUCCUCUGCUCCCUGACUCCUCUGCUCCCUGACUCCUCUGCUCCCUGACUCCUCUGCUCCCUGACUCCUCUGCUCCCUGACUCCUCUGCUCCCUGACUCCUCCUCUGCUCCCUGACUCCUCCUCUGCUCCCUGACUCCUCCUCUGCUCCCUGACUCCUCUGCUCCCUGACUCCUCCUCCUCUCCUCCCUGACUCCUCCUCUGCUCCCUGACUCCUUCUCCUCUCCUCCCUGACUCCUCUCCUCCCUGACUCCUCCUCCUCUGCUCCCUGACUCCUCCUCCUCUGCCCCCUGACUCCUCCUCCUCUGCUCCCUGACUCCUCCUCCUCUGCUCCCUGACUCCUCCUCCUCUGCUCCCUGACUCCUCUGCUCCUCUCACACCUCCUGCUGUUUAUUCUGUAUCUCAUGUACAUGUAUAAGUCACUCCUCGUGUGAGCAGAGUGUUAUUUAUCUCCUUGUGGUAAAUGUUCAGUCGUACUGUAUUUUUGAAUCUUUUAAUAAAGUGAAUCAUGAGUUUUGU